GCAAUGUUGGGGAUGUAGAAAAAAAAAAAGGAAAAAGGAAACCGGAGCGAGGAGAGCGCAGGGGAGAGAGAGAGAGAGAGCGAGCGAGCGAGCGAGAGAGGGAGACAACACUGACCGGGUAGCUAUGGAGAUAGUCGGUUUUCCUGGUAGCUCUCUUUGACAGGUGUCGAGUGGGAUAACGUAAAGAAGUACCAGUACGCGGCUUCCAAGAUGUACGGCAAGGGCAAAGGAGCUGUGGUCCCCUCCGACAGCCAGGCGAGAGAAAAGUUAGCGUUAUAUGUGUACGAGUACCUGCUACAUGUGGGAGCACAGAAGUCCGCACAGACCUUCCUGUCCGAGAUUCGAUGGGAGAAGAAUAUCACAUUAGGGGAGCCCCCUGGAUUCCUUCAUUCGUGGUGGUGUGUAUUCUGGGAUUUGUAUUGUGCGGCUCCAGACCGAAGGGAGACAUGCGAGCACUCCAGCGAGGCCAAGGCCUUCCAUGACUACAGCGCAGCGGCAGCGCCGAGCCCAGUGAUGGGCAACAUGCCCCCCAACGACUCCAUGCCAGGUGGUCCCAUGCCCCCAGGCUUCUUCCAGGGACCACCCGGCUCUCAGCAGUCCCCCCACGCACAGCCCCCCCCACACAACCCCAGCAACCCUAUGAUGGGACCCCAUGGCCAGCCUUUCAUGUCACCACGGUAUCCAGGUGGACCGCGUCCCGCACUCCGAAUGCCAAAUCAGCCUCCUGGGGGAAUCCCUGGAUCUCAGCCGCUCCUGCCAAACAGUUUGGACCCAACAAGACCGCAAGGACAUCCUAACAUGGGUGGACCAAUGAGAAUGAACCCCCCUCGAGGAAUGGCCAUGGGUCCACAGAACUAUGGAGGCAUGAGACCUCCUCCCAACUCUAUGGGUGGUCCCAUGCCAGGAAUGAACAUGGGUCCCGGAGGAAGAGGACCUUGGCCAGGACCUAAUGCAAACUCGAUAGCGUACUCCUCCUCAUCUCCAGGAAACUAUGUGGGUCCUCCAGGAGGAGGGGGUCCGCCAGGAACUCCCAUCAUGCCCAGCCCAGGUGACUCAACCAACUCCAGUGAAAAUAUCUAUACAAUGAUGAAUCCAAUCGGACCAGGAGGCAACAGACCCAACUUCCCUAUGGGACCUGGGCCUGACGGACCAAUGGGAGCUAUGGGAGCCAUGGAGCCACACCACAUGAACGGAUCACUAGGGUCUGGGGAUAUGGAUGGGUUGCCAAAAAGCUCUCCUAAUAACAUGGGGGGCAUGAACAACCCUCCUGGAACGCCGAGAGAUGACGGCGAAAUGGGCGGGAACUUCUUGAACCCAUUCCAAAGCGAAAGUUAUUCACCCAACAUGACGAUGAGUGUGUGAUUUUACUUUUUUUAUUUUUUUUUGUAUUUUUGUUUAAUCCUCCCCACCCCCUAUUUUUUUUUUCUUCAAUUCAAUCCUUACGUCACAUCGGAUUGGACCACCUUCUCACACAUACAUACACACACACACACACACACACACACACACACACACACACACACACACACACACACACACACACACACACACACACACACACCCCCUUUGCCCCUUUCUCCCCUCCGCCAACACGGGAUCCGCUAUUCUCCCCUUCCCCCCCAACCUUCUCACUGGGGAACUCUCCGGCCACGCAGCCUUCCGGGACAGCCCUCGAGCAUGCUGGGACUCUAAUUAAGACGGGCCCCCCCGGAGCAUGCAAGAUGGCCGGCGGUCUGAACAGGAAGCAGUCGCAGAGCCACAGGAAGAGCCUGCUCUCUGACUCCGGCCCUGGCCUCCCUGGCUUCUUGUCAGGGUCUAGACAAUGAGCGAGGGAUGGAGGACGAGCGCAGAGAGAAAAGAGGGAGAGAGGAGACUGGACAGAACAGCCCUCCCCCCGAGGACUCAGUCUCUUUGCAGCUGCCUGGAAGCUUCUCAACUACGACUUUUUUAUCGUCUUUUUUUUUUUCCUCCUCCCGUUGUUGUUGCUGUUCCCGACAGAUUCAGUGGAGGGUCGGACUAAACAACCCUUCGCCCCACACAUCGCUGUGUGUACAUUUUGAACAGAGGUGUCGUGAUGAUCGGUGAACUCUUUAUCCUCCCCACUCCUUCUUUUAUUUUUUGUGUAUGUAUUGUAUCAUUGUUAUUUUUAUUAUUGUAUUAUUGUUAUUAAUGAUAUUGCUAUGAUCAUUUUAAGAUUAGGUUCUAAUUUCUGUUGUUUCUAAGGGCACAUGAUUAUGAUGAAGUCAUUACAUGUGCACACACACAAUCUGAACUUAUUCGCUGUGUAACACUGCCCCCUGCAGGUGAGAUUUGAUCCAUCAUGGUACUGAUCGGGCCUGUUUUUUCAAAAUGUUUUUCACAGGUUUCUUUAAAAUCGCUAAAUUGUGAACUUGUCCAUUAACUCACACCAGAAGAAGUGGCUCCUCCUCUUUUCUUUUUUAUUUAGUAGCUUCCAUGCAGUGAAAUGCACAGCUCUAUUUAUUUAUGUACUUCAUUUGUCGUAUAAAAUCAUUGUUACUUUUUCUUUCGAAGUGUUAUCCCUGUUUUUUUUGUUAACUGCAGAACUAGUAGCAACCGUGUAAAUAUGCAGAUCCUCUCUUUAUCUCCAGCUGACGCCAUCAGCCCCGUCUCUCCGAGCCCUAAAGGUGCUGAGUCACAAGUGUCCACCUUCUGUUGUUCCCACUCAUGCUGCUUCCACUAACGCUGCCCACUUCGGUCACCGCUCACUCCGGUGUGAACGUACGCUGCAUUUGAUCGUCUCUCUGCUGACUUGUAGUGAACACUCGGAUUGUUUUUCGUUUGCUGAUGAGUCCUGAACACACUGUGAUGUAUGUCUGUGCUUUUUUUGGGGGGGGAAUUUGCGUUCACACACACACACGCAUACAGUUGUGUAGCUUGCAGACGUUUUGUUGUCGUACAUGCGGUGCUCCCCCUUCGCGGUCGCUCCUGGUGAAAGGACUUCUGGCUCUUUGCCGGUCGGAUCCUUGGGUGUUUAGUUUUUGUUUAAAGCAGGCUGUAACGAGUGGUCUCCCUCCCUUCGCUCAUCCCCCCCCCCCCUUCACCUUUCCAACGGGCCAGCGUCAACACAACCACCCACACUUCACCCCUCUCUAAUUUCAUUUGUACAACUCUUCAUCUUUUUUCGACUUUGGUUUCUUUUUGUAAAUACUGUAAAAUGCAUUUUGAUAUCAUUGACAUGUUUUGAUAUUUCAGAUCACAACUUAACAGUGGAUCAGAAAAACUCGCUGAUUCGGGGCAACUUGUGUGUAUUUGUUCAGAGAUGGUUGUGUCUUUUACUCAGAAAUAAUAUGAAUGAUGAGAAACAGAAACUGGAGCUGCUAUGGACUAUUAUGCUAUUUCACCUCAUCACAGACAGAAACCUGGGGCUUUACUGUGCGUCCGGGCUGUAGCGUCGGGGGGGUGUAGGAGGACGAGGCAGGACGCUUUUUGUAGUCGAGCGUGUGUGAACUCUUCGCUAACUCGCUGUCUCACACACGCACAAACACACACACACACACAUAUACGUAAACUCCCCUGCCUCUGUGUUUUGGAAACCGGUUUCGUUUGUGGCUGCAAAGAAAAACCACAUCAGGGCAUUUCUUUUUUCACCAUUUGACAGAACAGAGUAAAAGAGGUAAAUCUUUCGAAAAUGAAACUUGUCCCUUCUUUACCUCCGACGCACUGCAUCUCAGCUUUUACCAUUUGAACACAACCGGGCCACACACAAACACACACACACACAGGACACUGGCUCUCAAUCCAACACACCAGGGACCAGAGUACAGACUUUACUAUGAAGGAUUUUUUUUUUUUUAAUCUAUUUAAAAAUGGGGUGGGAGAAAGAGGAAAAAAAAAAAAAACUAUGGACAGAUUUGUUUGCGAAGAAGAGGUAGAGGGAGCGGGACCAGCGGUUUCCUCCCCUGUACUUUUGAAAUACUGUUGUAUAAAAUGCAGUCAAACUUCUCUAUCUUUCUGUCCUGUAAGUAAAGCUGUCACAACGUUGAUCAUUUCUGUAUUUCUAUUGUGCUGAUGUAUAAUACUGUAACAUUCAGGGGGAGGGGGGGUUACCAGAGGAUGUUUUUGGGGUGCGGGAGUAAAAGAUUUUUCAGUUUCUCCCAAUUUUUUUUUUUUUCUUUCCCUCUUGAUGACAAAGCAGUAUUGAAUAUGAGGCAGCCUGUCCUUGGGGAGUUGCUUUGUAUCUCAUGUUAGGGUAGUUUCAGAUCCUAAAUGUCUCGUGUAGUAAAAUAAGAGGUUCCUUCUUCGUAUGUUUCUUUAUAUUGUAAAGUUUCUUUAGAUUAAAAAAAUGUUGCUUAUUGGAAAAAAGGUGGGAAAACUGCAUUGAUAAUAAAUGUUUUUUUUUUUUUUUUUGGUUUUGUUUUAAGUUUCAUCAAGUUGUCAGUCGUUUUUGCCUGUGUCCCCCUUGUUGUAGAUACAUAUUAAAAACAAAUAAAAUGACUUCACUCCUUUUGCCAUGAA